CACUGUCGGUUCCGGUUUAUUUCAUUAGCAGCACUGUAAACAUGACAAGUCACGAACAGUUAAAUUUGAAGCUGUAUAGAUUUGAGUCCAUUCUUUUGCAAGAAGAAAUUAAGAAAAGAAGACGUUCAAUCUAGUCGCAGACCAGACAGAGGGUAAAUGUUUCUUCAUACAAAUGUCUCGAACCUCAACUUAUCAUUACGCAUGCAAAUGAUGGAUCCACAGUCUACAUAGUCUUUUCUUUUCAGAUGACUUGGUUGGGUCAGGAAUUUAAAAAAAACCCAACUUUUUUCACAUCUCCCCAUCACAUUAGUGUAAUUAACUGCUUGACAGGAAGGCAUCAACCUAUUUAUUCAUAAAAUCUACCACAUGGACAUCUUUCAUGAUCUUAGACUCUCGUCAAAACAGGAACAGAUGGUGUGACGUCAAAAUUAUUGAUUGUUGUGGUUUUGAAUACUGUAGUAUAGGAGAGAGGAGAAAACCUUUGGUUGGACCGGGAAUCGAACCCGGGACCCCUGCAUUACUAGUCAGGACUCGAGUCGCGUGGAAGACAUUAGAUUUGUAUCUUACAUACCUCCACCUUCAGACUUAUCAUCAGAAAGUGGGCAACUAGAGGAAUGGGGGGACAGAAUUCGCUUCAAUGUACAGGAUCUGCACAGGUUGCUGCAACUAAGCCAUGACAAGUUCUGGUGCCAGGCAAUAUAUGAUGAAACCCUUCAAAAUCUGAUUGACACCUACCUGAAGCAUGCUCCAAGGUCACAUGAUGUGAUGUAUGAUCUUCCUGAAGAUUUUCAGGAGCAGCAUGAAGAGCUUCACAAAUUGAUUUUUAUGACGUGUCUCAGGCUUGCUACUCAUAAAGAAGACAAGGAACACUUCAUAACACCGUCUGUUUUUGGAGAGAUUAUUUAUGAGAAUUUCAUCUUUGAUAUCCCAAAAUUAUUUGACAUAUGUGUACUGUAUGGCCAAGGAAAUGGACAGCUUCUGUCAAAAAUGAUAGCAAACAUCUUUAGUCAGCAGCCAAAGUAUAAUGAAGAUCUGUCUUGUGUAAUUCCAAUAAUGUAUCAGGUAUUUGAAGAUAUGAAAAGGAAAUGUGGCCUACCAAUAUCAUCAAGAGAUGGUAAAAAAUCACCACUGAAGCUUAGCAGUGCCAAUGAUACAGGAGAGAAAAUUGUAGAAAAUAUCAAUACCCCAGAAUUGCAAGAUCUCAUCUUUUAUCUGGCAGAUAUUGGAGUGACUCUGUCCAGUUUUUUGGAAGUCUAUCCUAAAGCAUCACACAUUUUUCAGCAAGCUAGCUUCAUAGUCAAACUCUCAGAAUCUUAUGAUUUGGUGCCAGUUAUUUUAGCUGCCGUAAAGAGUAAAGAAUUUGAGAGUUACAAUCACAAGCAGUUACUGCAGAGAAAACUUGCACAGGCCAAGAAAUCGUUAAUGAAGGCUGUGCACUUGAUUAUUACUCAUUGCUUUUUGGAGAGUAUUCUUGAAAACAGAGACUCGCCAGAUAGUCACAUAGAAGGAUUCAUUCAGAUGUUCUCUGCUGUGCUAAAUGAACGGCAAUUUCUGGCAGACUUUGAGAGCUGUCAUCCUUUCCAAGAUUACUCUGAUAUCAUAAUUCAGUGCCCAUGUGAUGUUGAUGAAACAAGGCUCCAGUACAUCCAGGAUGCCUGCAGUUCUGCCUUUGCCACUUACGGAAAGAGAAGGAAGCCCACUGGUGCAACUACAAGAGGUGGUAGAACCUCUCCAGAUGGAUCUCCGGGACCAUUGAAGGAUGAUUCCACUCCGGGGGCUGUAGCCUUGUCUGCUCAAUCAUCAAACGAUGUGGACAAUUACGAUGCGAUGGGAGCAUGUGCACCAAGGAAAACAGGAGUGGAACUGGAGUCCAUGAUAGCAUCAGUAAAAGAUUUGUUGCCUGACUUAGGAGAGGGCUUCAUUGAGAUAUGUUUAGAGGAGACUGCAUAUGACAUAGAGAAAGUAAUCAACUUUGUACUAGAAGAUAAACUACCACCUUCUCUACAAACCAUAGACAGACAACUCCCCAGAAAGCUACCAACACCCCCUGAAGACUCUGUCAUCGCCCAGAGAGCCAAUAUAUUUGAUCAUGAUGAAUUUGAUGUAUACAGCAGAGAUAAAGUGGACAUGUCCAGGGUUCAUAAAGGCAAAAGGGGGAAAACUGACAAGAUGGACCUGUAUGAUGAAGACAUGGCAGCACUGAAGCCAAAAUUGACAGAAAAGUACGGAUACCAGGUUCAUGUGGAGGUUGUGGAGACUGAUGAUACAUCAGAGAUGUAUGAUGACGAGUAUGAUGAUACUUACGAUACUAUCAAUGUUGGAGCUGAUGAUGAUGAUUCCGCUGAUGAGCUGUCACAGAGAAGGCAAUUUACAGUGCCAAGAGUUUUGGCAGCUAGACGAGAUAAUAAGGCUGACUAUAAUGAGGAAAGUUCAGAGGAGUCGGAUGAGGAAACACCAAUGAAGGAUGAGUUUGUUCCUAAUCCAGCUCUAAUUCGCCAGAGAGCAGAAGAGCGUGCUCAGUGGAAAGCUCAGAGAAGGACACAGGGACAGAAGACUCAGUUCAAAGGUCAACAGCAUGCUCAAAAUCAAGAGAAAAAAUAUGAUGUCAAAGGUGGACCAAAAGGCAAAGGCCAAUCAGGAGAAGUUUUGAAAAACAGAGCAUAUAAAGAUAAACACAAGUCCAGUCAAGCCAAUCAUAGUCGAAAAUAUUUUGCAGACAAGAAAAGAAUGGGAUUUGGUGGGCCACCAAAAUGAUGUCUGAAUAAGUGCAAUGCAGCCUACAUGAAACUUCAAACUCUGUGAUAAACAUGAUUCAUGUAGUCACAAUUUCUUGGUGUCUAAAUCUUGAAACAGAAUGGGAAAAAAAUAAAUGAAUGAUGAUGAUA